CUGAGUCAACUGUUCUUCACGUCGCUUCAACCCAACCAUCACUCUUUCCUUUGUAAAAGAUGACCAGGCUGUUAUUUUCUGUUUUGGAUUCCUGAUGUUGAACUGGAUCUAAGUGCUUGGAGACUCCUCAGUCGUCUUGCUGUAUCUCUGGUUUGCUUCUUCAGCCAUCAGGGAAGAUGUCGGUGACGAUGACGAGAAAUGACGGGGUCACGGUUUUUACGGUGCAGUCCGACCCACAGAGCCGCUGGCCUCCAGUGUGUCAGAUCCUGAAGAGCCUUUGCUACAGUCCGCUGUGCUGCUCUCUGUCUCCCCACAUGAGGAAGAGCCAGGGAAUGUCCUUCUCAGUCCUCGGCGCCAUCCAGAUAAUGAUUGGGCUGCUCAAUCUGGGCUUAGGCGGAACCCUCCUCUUUAGUCCAGACACUUACUGGGUGCUGAAUUAUUCUGGUUUUCCCUUCUGGUUGGGAGCUCUGUUCAUCACUUUUGGAUUGAUGUGUGUUUUAUCUGAGAAGUUCCCAAGCCUGUGCCUGGUCAUCCUGAAUGUGAUCCUGAACCUGACCGGAGUUGGUUUCGCCAUAGCAGCCAUUGUGCUCUACAGCAUCUACAUAUCACACCUUAAUAUCUGGUGGUGGAAUUGCUCCACCUCCAGGUACUGCAACUACGACAACACCCGUACUCCACCUUCACAGAGUGAAAGCGAAUUGUUCAGGCAGCUUUGUCUUGAAGGCAAUUUGGUGUCUCGGGUGCUCCUGAUAGGAAUGAAUGUUGUGCUGAUCCUCCUGUCCAUCAUGGAGCUCUGCGUCGCCAUCAGCGCCGUCGUCCUCAGCAUCAAGACUCUGAGGAACUCUGCGCAGGAGGAAAACACGGUCAGUCCACACAAACUAAACCAGUUAGUUACUUUACAAGUAAACAAGAAGAAAACAGGCAGACUGGUUUCUGCUGAAACCAGCAGCUACUUCUAUGUUUGAGAUGUAAAGCUAAAAGCUGAACUGGAAGACAACAGAAGCGAAUCUGAUCAGGAUUUUCUCGUUGUCUGUUAGAUUUCUUUGUAUUCUGACACUUUUUCUCUGCUGUUGUU